GUGAGACAGACGCACGCGGCAGAGUUAAUUAAAAAAAUAAAGUUCCUUCGAUUCUUAAACGUUAAAAGUCGAGAGGUAGAUUUUUUUUUAAGUUUUUGAAGUGUUUUUUGACAAAGGUUUUAUUCAAUUGAAGUGACAUUUUUUUCUUGUUUUUUUUUUUAACAUUCAUCAGUAUGAAGGCUCAAAGCAAGAGGUUUGUGAGCCACAAGGGGAAGGCUUAUGAUAUGGGUGUGAAAAAAGACCAUAGCAUAGGAUUUUUCGACUUGUGGCGAUAUUCGACAUGGAGCGAAGUGACGGCCACGAUUAUAGGAGCUCUUCUCGGAGGGGUUUGUUCUGGUGGUCUGGUGGCAGCGGUUUUGAUUUACGGAGAACUGACGGCACUAUUUAUCCAACGUCACAAUGCAAAGGAACCGCCAGCAAAGGAUCUAAUACUACAAAUUUUUGGUGGAGGACAGAAAUUAGAUGACGGAAAUAGAACUCUACAUAUGGACGCCCUUGUCGAUGACUCAGUGGCCUUCGCUCUCGCCAGUGUCGUUAUCAUGAUAUGCCAAAUGGUAGCGGCAGCUGGUGCCGUCACACUAGCUAACUGGGCAGCUUCUAGGAUGAUAACAAGGUUAAGAUGGAAGCUUUUACGGUCUGUGCUUAGUCAAGAAACAGCAUUCUUUGAUACAAAUACGACGAUGAACUUUGCGUCGGCUCUCACCGAAGACGUAGACAAAUUAAAAAUGGGUGUCGGUGAGCAUGUUGCGAUGGCCGCGUAUCUGGCUGGCAGUGUUAUCAUGGCUUCAACAGUUGCAUUGGUUCAUGGCUGGCAACUUACGCUAGCGGGCUUGGCAAUUGUGCCAAUAGCGUUGUUCGUCGCGGCAACGGUUGCUAAGAAUCAAACUCGUUGUUCUUCGGAGGAAGUGGUCUCAUAUGGAACAGCAGGUAGAAUAGUUGAGCAAGCUCUUUCCGCCAUAAGAACCGUCAGAGCUUACUCUGGAGAGAAAGUGGAAGUUACAAAAUACUCUGAGGCUCUGAACGGCGCAAGCGCCGCAGCGCGCAAGCGUUGCGCGUGGUCGGGCGCCGGCGCGGGCCUAGGCUGGCUGCUGACGUACAGCUUAAAUGCUGUCGUGUUCGCUUACGGAGCCGCUCUCUGUGUAUAUGACAUGCCGUUAGAUGCUGACGAGAGGGUGUACCAUCCUGGAGUCUUAGUGACGGUUUUAUUCUGCACAUUUAUGGCUGCACAGAAUAUUGCAAUGUGCAAUCCACACUUGGAAAUAUUUUCGACAGCGAGAGGAGCAGCUAAAUCGCUGUUCAAAUUGUUGGAGCGGCAGUCGAAUAUUAACGCGCUAGAGGACUCAGGGAUCAAACCGGAGAGGCUCAAGGGAGAUAUUGUCUUCGAGAACUUGUACUUUAAUUACCCUUCAAGAGCCGAUGUCAAGGUUCUGCGUGGGCUUUCUCUGAUAGUAAAAGCGGGUGAGACGGUAGCGCUUGUCGGCGGAUCCGGAUGUGGGAAGUCGACUUUAUUGCAACUGUUACAACGAGCGUACGAACCGGACAGUGGCUGUAUAUCCGUUGACGGUCAUAAACUGAAUACAUUACACUUACACCACUACCGGAGGAGUAUUGGUGUCGUAGGCCAAGAACCGGUGCUGUUUAGUGGUACCAUUAGGGAGAACAUUAUGUUGGGGGUUGAGGACGCCAGUGAGGAGAGCAUGAUAGAAGCCGCCAAGAUUGCGCACGCGCAUCACUUUAUCGUAAAACUUGCAAAUGGCUAUGACACAAUCCUCGGGGAGAAAGGAGCUCAACUCUCUGGGGGUCAGAAGCAAAGAGUGGCGAUAGCUCGUGCGUUAUUGAGGAAACCAUCGGUUCUAUUAUUGGACGAACCCACCUCUGCUUUGGAUCCAACUUCUGAACGACAGGUUCAAGCAGCAUUGGAUGCCGCAAGCAGAGGACGGACAACAUUAGUGGUGUCACAUAGAUUAUCAACGAUAGUAAAUGCAUCACGUAUCGUAUACAUAGAACAGGGUGCAGUUCUAGAACAAGGAACACACUUGGAACUGCUUGAAAAGAAAGGCGCUUAUUGGCAGCUGCUGCAAGACGAUAUGACACAAAGGAGCAUAGAUGCUGUACCCGAAUCUCUUGAUGAGGAUGAUGUUCAUAAUGAAGUUCUUAAAGCUGAAACUGAAAGGAAACGAAGCGUUGUCCGACGAAAUAGCAGCGUUUGCUCCAUAGCUCGCAGAGAAUCCUUCAGAAGAGAUAGCUUCGUCCGAGGCAGUUUCCGCCUUGGGUCCAUGGCAACUCCAGUUAUGCCCGCAACAAAUAUAGUACCGGAACAGGAAGAGGACGCUAUUGUUGAAAAAGAGGUGAAUGUAUCAACUUGGCAACUCCUGAAGUUGAACAGCAAGGAGUGGCCGCUUUUAGCUGGUGGAGGACUAGCGUCUCUGCUAAUCGGAGCCACAAUGCCUAUCUUUGCGUUGCUCUUCUCUAAGUUAUAUGGGAUGUUCUCGUGGCCAGACCCUGAUGAAAUUCUGCGUCAGUCACAAUUCUACGCGGGUAUGUUUGCCUGUGCAGCGGCUAUUAGUGGUCUGGUGACAUUCCUGCAAGCGUGGCUGUUUGGCCUGGCGGGUGCGAAGCUUACGGACAGACUGCGGGUCAUGACAUUCGAAAAUUUUUUGGUGCAGGAACAAGGCUGGUUCGACAUCCCGACCAAUUCUGUGGGUGCGCUGUGCGCGCGACUUGCUUCUGACUGCGCAGCAGUUCAAGGCGCUACAGGUACUCGUCUUGGCACCAUGUUGCAAGGAGUCAGUACGAUGGUCCUAGGCGUGAGUCUAGCUUUGGCAUACUCCUGGAAGAUGACCCUUGUUAGCUUAGUCAGUGUACCCUGCGUCAUUGGUGGAAUAUGCCUUGAAGGGUGGAUAACGAAGAAGUCAGAAAUAAAGGAGCAACGUGCACUGGAAAGCGCAUCCAGACUAGCAACAGAAGCUGUUCUUAACGUCCGCACAGUACAUAGCUUAGGUGUAGAGUACGCGAUCCUGGCCCGCUACCAGGCGGCGCUGGCGGCGGCGGACGCGCAGAACGGCGGGCGCUGGGUGCGCGGGCCCGUGUACGGCCUGUGCCUGUGCGCGCCCACGCUGGGCUACGCCGUGUCGCUCGCGUACGGCGGGUACCUCAUCGCGAGGGAGGACUUGAGUUAUGAAUAUGCUAUAUUGGUAUCUGAAGCCUUAAUAUACGGAGCAUGGAUGUUAGCUGAAGCUCUAUCAUUCGCACCGAACUUCGCGGCCGCUCGUCGCUCCGGAGCACGCAUCAUCCGUGCUCUCCAGCGCAAGCCGGUUAUACAAAACGAGGAAACAGCAGUUGAUGAUCCGGAUUGGAUAGCUACAGGAAAACUGGACUUCCAAGAUAUCCACUUCCGCUAUCCAACAAGACCCAACGUGCCAGUGUUAAGUGGCUUGAACCUAAACCUGCCCCCUGGCAAGACCUUGGCGCUGGUCGGACCAUCUGGCUGCGGGAAGUCUACUAUCAUGCACUUGCUGAUGAGGAACUAUGAUCCCCACCAAGGAGUUGUGAAACUGGACGACCGCGACAUAAAGCGGGACAUUUCGAUGUCCCGCCUGCGCGCUCAGCUGGGCCUGGUGCAGCAGGAGCCCGUCAUGUUCGAGCGCUCCAUCCGGGACAACAUCGCGUACGGCGACAACACGCGACAAGUCACCAACGAGGAGAUCAUCGCUGCGUCUAAGCUUGCAAACGUUCAUGCAUUCGUUGCCAGCUUACCACUGGGUUACGACACAGUAUUGGAAGCUGGUAGUGCUGCUUUGUCUGGGGGACAGAAGCAAAGGGUAGCCAUCGCUAGAGCGCUGCUGAGGAAUCCCAGGGUACUCCUACUGGAUGAGGCUACAUCUGCUCUUGAUGCAGCCAGUGAAAAGGUGGUACAAGCAGCCUUAGAAACUGCAGCUAAAGACAGGACAACAGUCAUAAUCGCCCAUCGCCUGGCUACAGUGCGACACGCUGACAUAAUAUGCGUCGUCGAUAGAGGCGUCAUCGCUGAAAGCGGUUCGCACGAGGAAUUGGUCCGAAAACGAGGCUUAUAUUGGGAAUUAUUACAACAGCAGGGACCGUUGGAGGCUAGCUCAUAACAGACGCCAUCUUAGUUAAUUUACUUUAAAUUUAGCCUUAGAUACUUAGAUAUUUAGUUGCCAUUACGUCACUACUAUGUAAUAAUGGGCGUCAUUUUGGUUUAAUGUCAAAAUAAAUCUCAAACGAAUGUUUGGGAUGGGGUAAUAAUGGAAGGUAUAUUACUCUUUUCUUCUUAAGUAUAGCUCUCUUUCACUUUCUGCCAUAAUAAUGUUAUAGUACGUAUGCUGUGCCCUGUACAAAAAAAAAAAAAAAAAUUAAAACUACUUUUUUAAUCCAAAGUUUAUAAGUCCAGCAAAAAUAUUAUUUAAAUACUUUUUUUUUUAAUAUAUUUGAAUCUGCCACGUGAAUAUUUACGAACCAGUAUUCAAGUAAAUAUUACAUAUAUAAUAAUAAGCACAAAAUCUCAAAAAGGAAGGGAAAUCACUAGUGCUAUUCUGUAAGAACUCAAUUCAUUACUUACCAGUAAAUAAUUGACAACCCAAUUAAGGUGAUAUACUAUAUUGAUGCGUGUAUUCUUAAAAUGUUAUCAAUAUAUCGGUCAAUGUCGCAUAUCACUAUCAGACAUUUAAGACCUUUUUCUGCGGUGUGUUUCGAAUUUGUUUUUAGUCUUGCUGUCCAAUGGGAUAUUUACAGGCUGUUACUCUUAUUAACGUAGGAUAUGUGUCUUAGAAAAUUAAUCAAUAAAUGACACUAAAAAUAUUAAUAAAAUAUCAAAAAAAGAAUACCCUUAAAUAAUAUCUUACGAGUAGACAAUCUCUUAGUUUAAUAAAAUUAAAUCUUUCAAUAAACGGUUCAAGGGCUGCCUAGUGAUGCAAAAAUCGUCGUCACCACUCCCUAACACAAGCUUCACGCUUUAUUGGAGGGGUGAAUAGGAAUAUUAGUAAUUCCCUAAAAAAAAUGUCAUUGCUAAUAUUCUUUUUUUUAAUUAUUAUAUAUUAUAAUCUUCUUGGCUAUUGAUGUGAAGAAGUACUUAGUUUUUGUCCGUAAAUUACUUUUUUAUUAUUUACUGGUCUGGAUGCAUAGCAUAUAGGUAUACAAUUUAAAAAAUCACAUUAUUCAGUGUAGAAUUCAGAAUACACUUGAUAACUUGCUAUUUCUAAAAAUCAAUCCUUCAAACGUAAUUUUCUUACGCCUUACUCGAGUUUUGUCCAUAUUAACUACAUCCAGUAUUUCUAUAUAUGUGCAUCUGUCAAUGAUAAAUAUUUAUUAAAUUUAAAAAAAAAAUACGUCUAUAUCAUAAUCUCCAAGCGAAUAACUACUCUUAUAGUACAUAAUUAUUUUAUGUAUAAAUUAUAAUUUAUUAUAUUAUUCGAUCAUAUAUUGAUUUAAUUUUAAAUGUUAUAAAAAAUACUUAUAUUCAUAGAUUUUAAGAUAUUUGACUGUGAUUUUAAAUUUAAUUAUAAGUAAAACUUCUUAUGUGUUGUAUUUUAAAAUGAGCGAUUGACAUAAUAACAAUGUGAUAAAAUUAAUAUGUAAUAAAGGAAUCUAAACUAAGAA